AUGUCGCUCUUGGCGCUGGCCAUGCUGAGCCUACACGUUGGGACGUUGCUGGGCACAUCGGCCGUGCGACACGGCGGCGAUCAGCCGGCAACACGCAGGGGCGACCUGCAGGAGCGGACGAGAUCGCUGGACGGGACGUCGCCGGGCACAGUUGGUAACAGGAGCGUGUCCGGGGGGCACGGCAGGGAAGGGCCCCCUCGUCGAUCCAGGCAACGCCAGGCAGGCAGAGGACGCAACCGAAGGCGUCAAGAGAAGCUGGAGAUGCUGAGUGACAGCCGGAGACCUUCGUGCUCAACCUGGAGAACAUCCCAGAUCUGUCGCGAGCGGACCUCGCUGGACACAACCCGAAUAUCCAGGGCACCCACCACAUUUAAACUAUCAGCUGGUCGCAUGUGGCGGGGUCAAGUGUGGAUUACUCCUCAAUCAAUCUUUAUUUUACGUGGCAAUAUCGCCCUCAAUAAAGUAGGCAUCGGUGCACAUUACAACGAAAUGGGAACGGUCACAAUCGAGGUGGUGGACGAGGCGGAGGGAGACGUGGACAUGGAGCUCAAGCACAACGGCGGCGGCGGCGGUGGUGCCGGCGGCGCUUGGCGGAGUGGCACGAGUUCGCGGCACGGCGUGCCAGCAGUGGCACGGGCUUCUCGGCAACCGGGACGCGAGGGCUGGUGGCGCCCGGGCGCAGGUGCUCGCAGGGCUGAAGGCGCCGCACUUAACCCAGUGCAGAGAGAAGCUGCCUCGGCUGAGGAAAGCAACUUUCUCACCCACUCUUUGGAUGGUUUAGAGGCCUUUUCACCACUAAACCGUGGGGAGCCACCGCAGACACGAAAUGACGGAGAACGAGAGGGCCAGUGGGGUCCCUGGUCUUCGUGCAGCGUCACCUGUGGCAGUGGCAGCCAAAAGCGUACGCGCUCCUGCGGCUACUCCUGCACUGCCACAGAAGCUCGUACCUGCGACCUGCCCAGCUGCGCUGGAAUGGAGGAUAUAUUUAAGCCGGCAACAUCCAAUGUGGAGCUCUUAGCACAGGAUAACCGCAAUUCAACAGACAUCCUUGGAUCUGAUGUGGACAACUGUGAGAGAUGGGUGACCUGCAGGGCUGAGUUCCUGGUCACAUAUCUGCAGAAGGUGUCAACAGAGCUGCCCAACUGCCCCUGCGCGUACCCAACGGAAGUGGCCUAUGGGACCACCGAGGUGCUUGACGCUCAGCUGGGCCGUGACUUCCGCUGGAAGGACGCCAGCGGCCCCAAGGAGAAGCUGGAGGUGUACAAGCCCACGGCGCGCUACUGCAUCCGCUCCCUCCUCUCCCUGGAGAGCGCCACACUGGCGGCGCAGCACUGCUGCUACGACGAGGGAAUGAGGCUUCUCACACGGGGCAAGGGGGCCGGAACGCCGAACCUCAUCAGCACCGAGUUCUCCUCGGAGCUCCACUACAAGGUGGACAUCCUACCGUGGCUCAUUUGUAAAGGCGACUGGAGCAGGUAUCACCAAGCGCGGCCGCCCAACAAUGGCCUGCAUUGUACAGAGAACCCGACAGAAGAGGUCUUCAACGCUCAAUUAAAAGACGCCAAAGAGUUCUGA